AUCAAAUGUGUAUUUUGUCAUAAUCAUGAAUGAAUCUACACAUCAUGUUACUUUCAAUAUUCUUGUCGCAUAUGAAAUUUUUGGGUCGAGAAGAACUCACAUUGUACGUUCAAUGUGUGUGAAUAUAUGUGUGUCUGUUUAUGAGUCGCUCGUUUGAAUGGCAAUGUUCGUGAGGUUGGAUUGCUAUGUACGUUGAACCCCCCACAUGGUUAUCUAAAUACUUUCUCUUCUGGAUAUGCUACAACGUUAUCUGCGUUUUACGCGUGUAUUCUUGGUUUUGAAUUUGUGUUGAAAUCCAGACGUCGUCGGCAUUUGCUGUUCUGCUUGCUGCAUUGUCUCUGUAAAUUAACGGGCGUUUCGUUGUCGAAGUGGAGAAAUUUGGGGUGGUUGAUUUUUCCUUGUUUAAUUCAGUGAUUGGAAAUUUUGGAAUUGAAGAAUGACGGCAGUUGGCGAUUUCCGUAUGUUGAAUUUGUCUAAGCUCUCGGAUUUGGACUUCUACGAGGUAUUACCCGCCAAGUCGACGUUUGCGAAGGCGGAGGUUCUGUAUACCGGAGGUAAGAAUUUGAGCAUGUGCGGUGGUGGCGCGAGAUCCAGAGUUUUGGGGCCGGUCAAGGCAAUGGAAGCUUCCAGCGGCGAUGUUCUGACGAAGUAUUCUGGCGGUUUUUCCGGAAAACAUAAGGUUCAGAUAACUACCGUUGGGGAUUCGUCGAAUAUUGUCUGGCACAAAUCUUCUGUAGAAAAGAGCGACAGGGAGGAGUUGCUUAAUCAGACGGGCUGUGUCAUUUGGAUUACAGGACUCAGUGGUUCAGGAAAGAGCACUUUGGCAUGUGCGUUAAGUCAUGCAUUGCAUGCUAGGGGAAAGCUCAGCUACAUCCUCGACGGGGAUAACUGUAGGCAUGGUCUCAACAGUGAUCUUAGUUUUAAAGCUGAGGAUCGAGCAGAGAACAUUAGAAGGAUCGGGGAGGUGGCUAAGCUCUUUGCGGAUUCUGGAGUAAUUUGCAUUGCGAGUUUGAUAUCACCGUAUAGGAAGGACCGUGAUGCCUGUCGAGCUUUAUUGCCUGAAGGAGAUUUCAUUGAGGUAUAUAUGGAUGUGCCUCUACAAUUGUGCGAAACAAGGGAUCCAAAGGGAUUAUACAAGCUCGCACGAGCCGGCAAAAUCAAAGGAUUCACUGGUGUUGAUGAUCCGUAUGAGCCACCAUUGAACUCUGAGAUAGUACUUUGUCAAAGAGAAAAGACGUGUGAUUCUCCCAACGCUUUGGCUGAAAUUGUGAUUUCAUACUUAGAAAGAAAAGGUUACCUGGAGGCCUAAAAAUGCAGUUUGCUCUUCUCCGCGACACUUAAGGUGUAAGCUUCCGGGUGCGUGAUAAGUAAUCCUCUCGUUUCCUUGUGUGGCUUUUUCUGUAAAUUAAAUCAUUUAUCUUUAUUAAUCAGUGAGCUUGUUGUCACAUGGAGCUUGCAGUUGAUUGAUCAAUCAACUACCAAGCACCAAGAAAUAAUUCAGUGCACUUCUGUGAAAUGUGCUAAUUUAAUUGGUGAAAAAACUUUAUUUAAUCGAUGAAUCAGGCUGUUGUCGUUAGUUGAUAUGUGAUUAUCUUGUACUUUUACUAUGUAUGUUAAGGUUAAUGAAUCUGUAGUUUGGCCUCUAUUUUGUAAUAAAAAUUAAAGCAGAGUGCUUAUAUAAUAGCUUUACCAUGUUUA